ACGGGGUGCAUCACCACUGCGCUCUCUCUCUCUCCUUCUGCCACAAACAUUUGGAUUUUGACUUUUUCAUUCGGAGCUUCAGUAAAGGCAACAUGCUUUUAACCCACGCAUAACUCUGGACAAAUAGCAUUGUGCACUUUUGGAGGAUUUCUUGUUCUUCUAAGGUUUAAUGGUGUCACUUUCAGUAACUGGAUACUGUCUGACAAUGUAAUAAGUGUAUUUCAGAUGCAUUGGCCACUGAUGGUGUGAUCAAACUGUUUUAUUGCCUGUGGUGGAUAUAUCUUUAAAUGCAUGAGUAAUUUGUCAGAGAUGCUGGUGUCCAGGGAUUAUUGCGCUCUCAUGAUGCGGGAUCGGAAGGAAUGCGAUGCGCGCUCCCGGGAGAAGGCGGCGGCGGACGCUGAUCUGGAGCGGGUUCGAAUCCGGGAGCGUCUGGACGCGACUGUCGCGGGUCUGGCUGAACUGGAGUAUCUGAGACAGAGACAAGAGCUGCUGGUCAGGAGUGUGUGUAACUAUCAGAACACUGCUGGAGAGGACAAACCCUGCGUUAUUGUCGAAGACAGUUAUCUGAACAGCGAGGAAAAACUUUUGGAGGAGAAUAUUUUAUUACUGAGAAAACAACUGAAAUGUCUUAGAAGACGAGAUGCUGGUUUGAUCAGCCAGCUCCAGGAAUUAGACAGACAGAUCUGUGACCUGAGGUUGGACACAGAGACCUCACAUGAACACGUGGAAACAGACAGUCGGCCAAGCUCAGGCUUUUACGAGCUAAGUGACGGUGCUUCAGGCUCCCUCUCCAAUUCCUCUAACUCCGUCUUCAGUGAAUGUUUGUCCAGUUGUCGCUCCACCACCUGCCUGUGCACCCCCCUCGACACCUCACUCUGUGCCUCUGAGGGAAGACUUAAGUCUGCAGACGAGCUGGGCAUUUGUGCUGAUUGUGAUUGCCAGUGCGAAGAAUCAAGUUCCGGAACAGUCCGCAGGUCUCUCUCUGCAUCUUACUCCCCUUCCCCGGAUGGCUCCUGCGAUGGCUUGUCCAAGUUUCACAGUGAUCUUGUCGCCAAAAAUGGAAGUGAUGUUUACCGGUACCCAAGCCCUCUCCAUGCAGUGGCUGUCCAGAGCCCCGUCUUCUUCCAAUCCAUGACCGGUCACCUAAAGGAUGAUUCUAGCUUUUCCAAGCCUGAUGAAGCAUUGAGUAAUGAGCAGAAACCUGAGCAGGCCAUAGGUUCUCAGAAUUCAUCCUGGCAUGCUUCUCAAACUUUCCCAAACAAAAGACUGGAUGGUUAUAUCUUUGGGCUACUUCAAAGGAGGGCACAGCCCUUGAGGACCAACAAACCCAGAACAAGCAUCAACACCGACCCCUCCAAAAGCAUUUUAAGGCAGGCUAGUCUCAGCUCACGGAACCCUGCUGCUGUCCCUGCCCUGCAAUGGACCUCUGAAUUCAAGCCAAACUGGCAGACAUGUUUACAAGAUGCGUCAGCAACUAGCACUGAGCCAAGUACAGCUUCGCCCCAAAGACAGUGGUCUGCUGAGUUCAAGGGAGGAACUCUACAAAAUGGAGCAUCUUGUGGUCCAAUUCAACCACAGAAUGGUUACUCAACCACCAAUGAUAACAACAUGAAUUGCCUCUUGAAGAAGAAAGGUCCUGGAGCCAGUAAGUGCCAGCCAUUGAGUGUUACAUCGAAGGACUGCCAGGAUUUAGGCAGCCCAAAUGCAGUUUCCUCCCCCAAACUCAACAAGCAUUCUUAUUACACUGUGGAGGACAGUAAAUCAGGCCAGGCAAUGAAAGCAAGCCCUCUUAAGAGGAGCCCCAAGGCGCUGACUCAAGUAGGCUGUUGUAAAGAAGCAGAGCGACUGGCUUCAGAAUUGCUCAGCCUUGGUUCUUCCUCACAAAGCCAAGACGAGGGAGGUCAACUGGUCAAUGCCCAGUACAUCCCUGCUGAAAAACAGAAUGUAAAUCUCCGCAAAGGUGGCACCAAGAACAUCAAGGUUGUCAAAGUGAAAAAUACCAGUGCAAAAGGUAGAGCUCAUGUUCACGAGCAAGUUUUUGAGACUGGCCGUGACAAGCAUCGGACAACAUCUAUGAGGUCUCGACAAGUGGAUUAUGUCCAUUACUUGCACAAAUCCUCCAAGAAGGCCACCACAAAAGCCAAGAGAAUCCCUGCCUCCAUUCCUGAAGGACGAAUCCUGGAGAAACACACAAGCUCUACAGGUCGAUCAUCUGCUCAGAGACACCAUGGACAUCACCGGCAUCAUGAGGCAGUACUGGCCAAGCCCAAGUAUAAGCGCAAUGACUACUACCGGCGGCCCAGGGGUCUCCAUGAGAUCCCAUACGAGGAGGCUUUCAGGAGAGCUCACCGGAGGCAGAAAAGAGAAAUGCUGGGCCACAUGUCAGCCAUGAACCUGCCUUCUAACACACACUACACCAGUCCCUAUGCCUACAUCGGUAGCGACUCUGAAUACUCAGCGGAGUGUGCCUCCCUCUUCCAUUCUACCAUUUUGGACACAAGUGAGGAUGAGCGCAGUAACUGUACCACCAACUGUUUUGGGGACAGCGAAUCGAGCGCUAGCGAGGCAGAAUAUGUGGCUGAGAGCAGCACUAGCAGUGACUCUGAAGGCAGUGCAGGGGUCAGUUGGCCCCAGUUUAACCAGAUAGCCUCUGGAUCCCACGGAAUGACGUCAGCACAGGCAAAAGCUUUCGUCAAAAUCAAGGCUUCACAUAACUUAAAGAAGAAGAUCCUGCGUUUCCGAUCAGGCUCGUUAAAACUCAUGACCACAGUGUGAGAUACUUGUUAGAAUGGAGCCAAUAAAAUUGGCUGUCCUUCAUAUAAUCAAGUGCCUAGACAGAAUUCAGCUGCACGGCCUAAAACUCCCUGUCACACACUCUCGUUCAGAGACAUACUCCUUUGCCUGCACUUUCACACAUAAGCAAAUGCUUUGAAUCCUUGAUGUCAUUGUCUGUAGCCUUUUGUAACUUUUUUUUUUUUAUUUGGUAUUUAUUAUAAAUUCAGCUUUUGCUGUGAUGCAUCUACAUAGCAACUUCUAUGUAAAUGCUUUAUUCAUACAUGGUUUACUUUUCUAAAUAAUAUAUUUAUAACUUAAUAUAUUUAGUUUUUGACAUACAUGGAAACAGGAUAGGAAGUAUGACUCAAAGUAUGUAUGACUUGAAGUAGUGUAUCGCAGAUGCAGUCUUUUUGAGAAAUGUUCAAUGUUUCCAGGGCAAAGUCACCUGCUGAUCAUCAAGGUCUUUUGUUAUGCACAUUAAAUAUGCAUGAGCAACAGCUUCACCAUUUACCUUUUUAUCUGUAAAUGACCUUUUUUUGUAAAAUAAAUGUUAAUGUUGAU